UCAAAAAAAGUCUUACAAAAGAGGGAAGCACGUUAUUUAAGAGAAUAUCUGUACCUUUUUUUUGGUUAACAAUACGUCCCCAAAGUCUUAAUAGUCGAUCUCCUUCACGUGAUGUAAGAUCAAUUUUUGCCUUCUCUUUCCUCUCCAUGGCGAGCAUUGUGGGAGCCGUGCCUGUACCGGAGCUGUGCGCCGACAAGUGCGCACUUGUUGACGAGCAGCAGUUUCAAGCUUUGGUCCGGUGGAGCCGCAGUUUAACGGAGAAGAUCCUGCUGUCCGUGUCCUACAUGCACACGUCCUGCAUCCACAUCGAGUCUCUUCAGCUGAACUCCUCUGAAAACGCCAAGUUCAGCACAUUAGCAUCCAGCAUCAACAUUCCUGCUACUCCUGUGCUGAGGAUCACGUCGGAAAAACUGGAGAACAGCCUGAGGCACAUGCACGAGGGUCUCCAGCUGCAUCGAGCCUUGCUGAGCUGCGUCUCUCCUCGGCUAGAAAACACACAAACAGCGACGAACCUAAUGGAUGACGUCCGAGAUCUUGCCAUACAAGUUAACAAGAUGCUUAAAAUGCUCCUGACGGAGCACGCAAUGCAGACAUCACUACCCAGUGUGAAGUUACGCCUCCCUGGGGAAUAUGAGGUUCAGGUGGCCGCCCACCUGACGCUGGUGCAGCUCCAGUCUCUGAGUCAGGACAUGGUCCGCUUCUUCAGGAAUCUAGACCGGGGAAAUGAGGAAACACAUCUGCAAUCGGACACAUUUUAAUCAACCCUGCUUUGUUUGUUUGGUAGAAUUAUUUAUUGACUUGUUAAUGAUUUAUUUUUCUAUUUACAUAUUUAUUUUUUGGAUCAGUCCUUAAUAUUUAUUUCAGGUGUUUAUUUAUAUUUGACUGGCUGCCUUGUGUCUACAUACCACAACACGCCUAUCUCAAACAAUAAGUUGUAUUUAUUAUUUAUAUUAACAAAAUACUAAUACUUUAUUAAGUAUUACACUUUGAUUUUAAAUGGAUUCUUUUUAUACAUUAUAGAGUUGUCAAGUAAAAUGAUGGAAUAUAUUUGUAUGGAUGCCAAUAUUUAUGAUCUGUCCUUCAAUAAAAAUGUUCUCCUUUC